AUGUCGCCUCCGCGCUCGGCACAACACUCGCAGGAGAAAACUCAGCUUCCUUCGCCCGCUGCCUCCGCGCUGAAUCUCGGAUAUGGCGUUUUCAUGGGAGCCUCUACUGGUGGUUGUGCUGCUAGCCGAUUCCGUUGCUAUGUUGGGAGUUGGGGGGGUAUCAGGAGUGUUGGCACCGGAUGAUUCAAAGUUGCCACUCGUUGUGAAUACGUGGACUGGGGACUUCAGCCAGGCUACGGCACGGGCUUGGGAUGCGCUGAGCUCCGAAGGGGCGCACUCUCCCGCCGUACUGGAUGCAGUAGAACACGGAUGCAACACGUGCGAGGACAUUCAGUGCGGAGGAAGUGUGGGGUAUGGCGGUCGACCAGAUGCUUCCGAUGAAGUCACUCUCGAUUCAAUGGUGAUGUACGGACCGUCACACAGCGUUGGUGCUGUGGGGUAUCUUCGGAGAAUAAAAAACGCCGCUACUGUGGCCAGAGCUGUGAUGGAGCACACGGCACACACAAUGCUGGCAGGUGAGGGGGCUACGCGUUUUGCGAAAAUGAUAGGCAUUGAAGAGGACGACCUCGGUACGGAUGGUUCUCACAAGGCGUACGAGGCCUGGAAGGAAAAUUCUUGCCAGCCCAACUACUACAGACUUGCCAGGGCCGAAGAUACAUGUCCUCCAUAUGACCCACCCUCCACGCCAUCAGCCGUUGCUGCCGAUUCGAGUAUUGCUGCGCUCGGAAAGCAUGACAGCCAACAAGCGACUGCGUACGCUGAUCGGGGUACAUGGAGUGGGUUUGAUGACCGUGCUCGGUUUCAGCGCUCCCGAGAUCCUGCUCGAUUGCUCAUCUCCGAAGACAAUCAUGACACAAUCGGUAUCAUCGCUGUGGAUGAGCGCGGUGACCUCGCGUGCGGUACAACUACCAACGGGGCCGCGAACAAGAUCCCCGGUCGGGUUGGAGACAGCCCAAUUCCCGGUGCGGGAUGUUACGUAGAUAACGACAUUGGAUCUGCUGCGGCAACAGGAGAUGGUGACGUCAUGAUGAGGUUUUUACCCUCUUUCCGAGCUGUGGAGAACAUGCGUGCGGGUUUCUCCCCACAAGAUGCAUGUGCCGACGCACUGUGCAGGAUCGUGCGGUUUUACCCCACGUUUGGAGGGGCCUUGGUGUGCGCCAACAAAGCAGGGGUUCAUGGCGCAGCUCGCCACGGCCUUUCGUUUGCAUACUCGUACCAAUCUCCCGGGUACGACUCUCCGCAAGUCGCCCAAGCGGUCAAGAUUGACGACGAAGUUUGCGCUCGCUUUCGAAAAACGCCCUCCCAGGGGGCUGAAUCGCAGAUCGUUGCUAGUGCGGCAGAUGGAUACUGACAAGCCGGGAGAACUUCGUGUCGCGAAGUCAAUCGGUACGGUUCUUUGUUCCUGUUGCUGUCUUCACAUUACAAACCGU